AUGGCUACUGUACAUGAACCAACUGUUGUUGGGGUAUCCAGCUUCAAUGCAGCAGAAGAUGCGGCAGCACUUCGAGCGGCUAUGAAAGGCUUUGGAACUGAUGAAGAUGCUAUCAUUGAAAUUCUGACGUCUAGGUCUAACGCUCAGCGGCAGGCCAUCUCAAAGGCUUUCACUCAUGAGUAUGGAAGGGACCUAAUCGAUGACCUGAAAUCGGAACUGGGUGGACAUUUUGAAGACGUAAUUGUAGCCCUGAUGCUGCCACCAGCAGAGUACCUGUGCAAGGAGCUGCACCAUUGCAUGGAGGGCAUGGGUACAGAUGAAAAUUUGAAGCUUAUGAAACAUUAUAUAACCGUCCCUCUAGCAGAGCACAUGUGCUCAGAGACAUCUGGAGACUUCCGAAGGCUCCUCACUUUGAUUGUUACUGGUGCACGAGACGAGGAGGCUGGUGUUGAUGCUGCUCGCGCUGCUGAGGCUGCUCAGCAGCUGUACGACGCUGGUGAGGGGAAAUGGGGCACGGACGAGGAAAUUUUUAAUAAGAUAUUGGCUCACGAAAGCUUCGGGCAAUUGCGUGCUAUAUUCGAAGAGUACAAGAACAUUUCUGGACGGACCAUUGAGCAGGCGAUCAAGGCGGAGAUAUCUGGGGAACUGGCGGAUGCCCUGAGCGCCAUUGUGGAAUGCGUUGAGAAUUCCGCGGCGUGGUUCGCGCAGCGCCUCCGCGGUUCCAUGCAGGGCAUGGGCACCGACGACCGGAGCCUCAUCCGGAUCAUCGUCUCCAGGUCGGAGCGGGAUCUGGGCGCCAUCAAACGGGAAUACGAGGCCCUCUACAAUAAGACGCUUAGCAGCGAAGUCAGGGUAUUGGAGUGUGUGGAGAAUGCUGCCGCGUGGUUCGCGAGCAGACUCCGUAGUGCGAUGCAGGGAGGUGGCACUGAGGAUAAGACCCUCAUAAGGAUUAUCGUGAACCGAUCAGAGAUAGACCUGGCCGCUAUUAAGAGGGAGUACGAGAGCCUCUACGAUAAGACUCUGCAAAGUGACGUUGCGGGAGAGACAUCGGGUGACUACAGAAAGGCGCUCAUCGCUCUUCUAGGUCCUGCUUAA